AUGGGGGAUUUUCAUGGGUUAAGAGUUGCAAGAGGGGCGCCUGCGCUCUCGCACUUGUUCUUUGCGGAUGAUAGCCUCCUAUUCUUUAAGGCUAAUGUCCAGGAAGCAGGGGUCAUCAGAAGGUGUUUAACAUUGUAUGAGGAACUUUCUGGUCAGACUAUCAACUAUCAUAAGUCAAAUAUUUGCUUUAGUAGAAAUACUCAGCUUGCAGAUAGAAAUGUUGUGACAGCAGUCUUUGGGGUGCAGCAGGCAGCCAAUUUCGGCAAGUAUCUAGGCUUUCCGACUUUUGUGGGAAGAAAUAAACGAGCUGUGUUUGCGUACAUUGGUGAUAAGGUUAGGCAGAGAAUUGGCUCCUGGAACAAGAAACUUUUGUCUCAGGCAGGAAAGGAAAUCUUGUUGAAAUCCAUGACGCAGGCCAUGCCUACUUUUACUAUGAGUGUAUUCUUACUACCUGACACCUUAUGUAAAGACCUGGAACGUGUUAUGAACAGAUUUUGGUGGCGUAACGGGAGGGAUGGUAGGGGAAUUCAUUGGAUGGCAUGGGAUAAGUUGAGUAAGCCAAAGAAGUUUGGUGGGUUGGGUUUCAAGGAUUUAAGGGCUUUUAAUUUGGCCAUGCUAGGUAAGCAGGGGUGGAGAUUCCUUACUAAUCGUCCGUCUCUGGUUGCCAGAGUUUAUAAGGCCAGACGCAGGAUAGGGAAUGGAGAUGCUACUUUGGUUUGGGGGGAUCCGUGGUUGAUGGGUGAGUCCACCCCUAAAAUAUUAUCUGAUAAGCCUGAGCAUUUGGGUGAAGUGAAAGUUUCUGGGUUAAUAGACCCGGCAGCCUCGACAUGGGAUAUGCCUUUACUUAAUGAGCUAUUUCUGCCAGAUGAUAUUGCCCGGAUUUGUAUGGCGGGAGAUGGGUUUGGUGUGUGGCUUGAAGCCUUGUUCCAGAAAGUUGAUGACAAUCACUUCUCUUCUAUGAUGGCCAUCAUAUACCAACUAUGGAGGCAACGUAAUACGGCUGUAUGGGAGUACAAAUUGGGGAUCCCUCGUCGCGUAUAUGCAAUCGCCACGGCAACCAUUGAUGCAUGGCGUGCGACGUGCGUCCUUCCGGCGCGGCAACAUGGUGCGGAGGCAGCGGCUGGACAUGCACGUCAGGCUGCAGCUGCGACCGCCGCAUGGACCAACGAGGAUUGCUUGCAGUGUUCCUUUGAUGCGGGCUAUGUGGCCCCGCAUCUGGGAUGGGUGUUUUUGGCAUCAUUUUGCAACGGCCGGACGGUGGUUUCGUUGCAGCCAAGAACGGUCCAUUACCAACCUGCCAGGGUCCUUUCAUGGCGGAAGCAUUCGCGUGCAAGGAGGCCCUCUCCUGGCUCAUAG